CCGAAUUUGGGAAGGUUCCUCAGUUCCCAGACUCGCUGGAGAGAACAAGGAUAUUGAAAUUACCAUUACCAUUAUCUGGAGAGCUGAAAGAAAUUCAAAAUGGUUUAGGCCUUUUCAUAUGUUAGGAAUAAUCCCUGAAGCGUGUACUUUAUGUACCUUGCCAAUCUUAGCAGUCAUCAUGCUGCUGCAGGUUUCAAUUGUCCAAACUAGAGUUUUUAAUCGGUAAUACUUUGGCAUGAGUUUUGAAGGCAAAGUGAAAGAUUUUCUUGUUUGGAAGCUCACAUAACUGACAUCUAAGAUCUCAAGAUUGACUGAUGAAACAUUGUGAAGAUGUCAGAGAGACGUUCAAGCCAAGCUUGCAGUGGAGCAGAAAAUGAGGUGGACUCUCCUACUGUCAACUUCAAAUCCUCCAGAUUCAGAGAUUUCUGUUCCACAUCUUCAUUUCAAGAUAGUGGCUACAAUGAGUUGUUACAACCUUGCAACUUUGGUAGUGCAGAUAAAGAAUUUUUUGGAAAGAAAGAAAAAGGCCCAACAUUAAUCCAUGAACAUCCUGAAACUUCAAAUAUGGGCUUAACUCAUCCUUUAGAAUCUCCAACUCAAAAAAAGAGAUUUGUCUUUUCUAGGAAGGAAAAUGAUAAAACUCCAGAACUUUGUGAAACCCCUAAAGUCAGUGGAAAAAAAUUUUUACUGCGUAGAAGGUUGGACAUAUCUUUCUCUCUCCUAAAGGGGUACUGUGAAUCACAAAACAGUUCUCUAGAAAGUAGUAUAAACCAAGUCCUCAACUUAGAAAAAAAUAAUCCAAGCUGUGCUGCAAGUUUUCCAAGGCAAACCAAUUUUAGUCCUUUAGUUACUAGUACUUUGAAAACAGAAGAAACAACUUCCAGCAGUCAAAAAUUGAGACUUAAUUUUUCUCAACAGAAGACUUCCACAGUUGAUGAUUCCAAAGAUGACUGUAGCCUAUUUGAAGUUGAAUGUAUAUCUCCGAUUCAGGGCGAUAGUUUUAAAGACUCUAUCACAUAUGACCUUAGUGAUAGCAGUCUGUUUGUUAAUGAUGAGAAUACAUAUCCCAAACUUCUGGGCUCUUCUGCUAGUCGAACAUCUUGUGGAACAAAUGAGAAUUUAUGUGUGACUCCAAUAAGUAAUCUUGUAGCAAACAUUAAAUAUAAUGCAAGUCAAAGGCUCUCUCCUUCAGCUGAAGUGAGGGGCAAUAUUUCAACACCUGAAGACAGUGGUUUUAACUCACUUUGUUUGGAUAAAUCAGAAGAUUCCCUCUCUGACCAGGAGGGUUCUUUUCGAGAACUUUGGAAACAUAAGGGAACUGUCAAAGUGGGGGACACCAUUAAAAAGUCAGGGCAUCUUCGGAGGCUGAGAAGAUUGUCUACCCUUCAGGAACAAAGCUCACAGUCUGAGACAGAAAGGGACUCCGACUUGGAAGCAACACCAGCAACUGCUUCAGACACGUCGGAGAAUCAGCCGAGCAGUGACAAUGAGAUUUUAAGCUUUAAGAAUUUAUCAAAGACCCCAGCCUUGCAGUUAGUGCACGAGCUCUUUAUGAGAAACAAAAGAAAAAGAUUCCAGCAAAAUGGUGCACAUGAAUUCUUAGAAGAGAAGGAUGGGGGGCAAAUAGCUGUACUACAGUGUGUACUUGCAGGACUGAUUGGCAAGAAAAUGGGUAUAGAAAAACUGGACAUCUUAACGGAAUUAAAAUAUAGAAAUUUAAAACACAUUCUUGCUAUGGUUUUCGAUUCCUUGACUGCAGAAAGCCUAUGCAGUGUUUGGAAAGUGAGCAGAAAUUGGCGAGAAAUUAUUGUUCAAGAUAAAAAAGCAAAUCGGAGGAGGAAAUGUUAUAUCUCACAACUGAAAGCAGAUUCUGAGGGGGCUAUAUUAAAUGUUGAGGAUGCUGCCACUCGGCUCCAUCUUUUAAAUCGAUCAGCUUUAAGAUCUGUACAAGCUCAGGCUAGGAUACCAGGUUUUCAGAAAGGAGAAGUUUCAACAUUUUCUCCUUGGGGAGAAGUUUUGACACCUACAGCAAGCUCUUCUGUUACUCCCUUAAGUAGUAAACAAGAUGAAUAUGUUAAGGUUGCCAAAACACUAUUUAUUGAUGAAGCAUUAAAACCUUGCCCCAGGUGCCAAUCCCCUGCUAAGUACCAGCCGUAUAAGAAAAGGGGACUGUGCAGCAGUACAGCCUGUGGUUUUGACUUUUGUGUGUUAUGUUUGUGUGCUUAUCAUGGGUCUGAAGAAUGUAGUAGAGGAGCAGCGAAGCCGAGAAAUAGGAAAGAUGCUCUUCCAGGAAGUGCCCAGAGUAAGCGGAAUUUAAAACGCCUUUGAGGAGACUCUCAAAUAAAAGAAGCAUUCCCCCUAAACAGCGUUUUGUCUGACUUAAAAUUAUGAAUAUUUUGAA